CGGUACAAGCAUGGAUUCAAACAUGGAUGACAGGGAACAGCUGCAAAAUACUUGCAGGUUGCUCAAGAUCCAAGUAGAGGCCAUGCAGCAAAUCAUGGAGAUCCAGGAGAGAGAAGUUGCUAUGGCGGGGAACCAGAGACAAACGGGAGAAAUUGGAAGGGAGAAUGGCGACGGCACAGGUUGCUCGGUCUCCUCUUCUGCUGGGAGUGUGAGUGAGGAAUUGACGGAGCGUCAUCUUCCUGAUUGCAAGACCCGUCUUCUAGCUAGAUGGAGACAGGAGGUGUUUGAGCUGAUUUUUGCUCAGAAGCUCUCAGACUUGAACUUACAGAAGGAGGUCCAAGCACGGGAGGAGUUGCAUGCCAAGAUGAAAGCGGAGUUGCGGAAUGCUGAGACACAAAUUCGUGUAUUAAAGCAGAAGGAGAUCAGUGUGAACGCAGAGGUGGAGAUUCAGCGCACCAGGAACAGGACCCUGGAGGCAUCCAUUAGAAAAACGGAAGCUAAGCUGAGGGAAGCACAGAGAGAUGCAGAAGAUGGCCAAUCUGCGGCUCACCAAAUUGCAUCAAAAGUUCAGUUCUUGAGCGAGAGCUUUUGUGAGAAACUGGCAGCAAUGGAGAAGACAUGGAAAAGACUGGACGGAUAUGGUCAGCGACUAUGGUUUGCUCGUAGCCGGCUCAUCAUGGUGCUCCAGCUGGUACAUUCAUGGAGGCGUUUCCCAGGCCAACCCCAAUUAAUGAUAGUCAAGAAGUUUGUGAGCGGAAUGGAAGAGCAUGUUGAUACACAAGCACAAGGCUUGGGAGUUUCUGUGAUGAAAAGGUCGGUGGACUCCGCACGUUCAAGCAGUGAUCCACGAUGUAGCGGUGAUACCGAGCGGGAGCGGGAGAGCGAAUGUGGGGACCGCAGCAGGGAGUCUGAAUCCUCUGCAAACUGUGGUCCCCACAAAAGCUUUGUUGUAGAGCAACCCAAUCCUAUGCUGCCAUGUGCUGUGAUGCGCGAGAUGCAUGCCUUUCCCCAUGGCAGGAGCAGAUGGCAGGGGGAUCACCAGCCUGGCAGAAAUUCUGAAGAAGCGGUGGUGAAGGAGCUACAGAGAGAGAUAAAGAUGUUGAUCGAGGAUAGAGAUAUGCUCUUGCGGAAACUUCAGCGGGAGACCACUAGCGAGGACGACAGGAUUUUGCGAUCGGCUAGACGCCCUAUAGCCAACGUGGCAUUAGGACCCAAGGGUGACAGGUUACUGUUCCGCCAGCUUAGGGAGAGACAACAGCAGCAGCGGAGAGCUAGGCCAGCAGAGGCCAGCAGGGCGUUCGCAAGCGAAGCCGCUGCUUCAGCAGCCAUGGCAAGUGUUGUGCAGCAGAGUUCCCAGGCCAGCAGUUCAGGGUCCAUAGGGUCAACGAUUGCACAGACCUUGAGUCAGUCCACUGGCGUUAUGGCAAGCCAACCAAUAGUGUUGACUCCUGAAGAGGUCGCCAUACAGCAAGCAGCGCUUCGCGAGGCACAACUACAGAAGGCUUUAGGGGAGAUAAAGGCGGAGAAAGAGGAGAUGAUUAGAAGAAGAGCCAGGAUGCAGCGAAGACAAGCGGAUAUUAGUGAGUUAGAGGCGAUGGACCUGACAGAGAUGAAUGAUGAUGUGAGGACCCUGAGGACGGUCUUGCUAGGUGUAGUAGAGAUGCAAGAUCACCAAAUGGCGCUCUUACAGGACAUCCAGCAGAGCCUGGCCCAAAAUCCGGAGGAGGGUAUGUAUCUAGUUUAUGUCUCUGCAGCAGGCGAACCGGUGAAAAUGCCGCCGAAGAUAGAGGGAGUAGUCGCUAAGUACCCUGAUCUAUUCGAAGAGCCAAAAGGGGUUGUGGAGAGGGAGGUCGUCCACGCGAUAGAGAUUAUCCCAGGGUUUAGCAUUCCGAAGGUUAGGAUCUGUCGGAUGUCUCCAGGCGAGCUUGAUGAGCUCCGCCGGCAACUCAAGGAACUCGUAGAGAAGGGUUGGAUCCGGCCGAGUGUCUCCCCUUAUGAAUCUCCAAUUCUAUUUGUACAAAAAAAGGUGGGAACUUUGAGGAUGUGCAUUGACUAUAGGGACCUCAAUGCCAUCACUGUCAAGAACCGAGAGCCCCUACCCCGCAUUGAUGACUUGUUGGACCGAGUGCAAGGGUGUCGGUACUUCAGUAAGAUAGAUCUGAAGUCCGGGUGCCAUCAGAUUGCAAUACGGCCUGAGGAUCAACACAAAACCGCUUUUCAGACCAAGUACAGUCUAUAUGAGUUUGUGGUGAUGCCUUUCGGUCUUUCCAAUGCUCCUGGCACCUUUCAGCACGCAAUGAGCUGGAUCUUUCAUGACUACUUAGACAAGUUUGUCAUCGUGUACCUUGAUGACAUACUUAUCUUCAGUAGGACUGUCGAGGAGCACGUUGGUCAUUUAGACAAAGUCCUCAGUCUCCUUAGGCAGCCAAAGUUCAAGAUUAACGGCGAGAAGUGCGAGUUUGGCCGCACCCGUAUCUUGUACUUGGGUCAUGAGAUUUUCGCAGAGGGAUUGAAGCCCGAUGACGCGAAGGUGGCCAGCAUUCGUGACUGGCCACGUCCUCAGUCUGUGACUGAGAUGAGGUCCUUCUUAGGGAUGACCGGCUACUACCACAAUUUUAGGAAAAACUAUAGCAUAGUUGCCGCCCCUUUGACGGACCUGACCCGCCUUGACACCCCUUGGGAGUGGACAGACAGGCCAGACUUCCUCGGUGCGCUGAUAACUGAGUUUGGGCUUGCGGACGAUGUCACUCGUUCUUUGGUGGACGCCUAUCACGAGGAUCCGUUUAUGGCUGAGAUCAUACGCAAACUCGAGGCAAAGGACAAAACGAUUUCUGCUGAGUUUGAGUUGGUCAACGGCCUACUGUUCCUUGAGAAGGCUGGGAAUAAACGUCUGUGUGUGCCUAACCGUGAGUCUUUGCGUAGUUUAUUUUUAGGCGAGUGUCAUGAUGCCAUAGGACAUUUUGGGUAUAAAAAGACUGCAGCCAAUUUGCUGCAGCAGUUCUGGUGGCCCACGAUGAUGAGAGAUGCCAAGCUGUACGUGGAGGCCUGUCAGGUAUAUCUGAGGGACAAGCCACGUACACAGGCCCCUCUUGGGCUUCUUAAGCCCGUUCCGAUUCCGGAAAGGCCUGGUGAGAGCCUGUCCAUGGACUUCAUGGACACACUGGUCACCAGCAAGAGUGGAAUGAGACACAUCUUUGUCAUUGUGGAUAGAUUUAGUAAGUACGCUAGAUUAGUUGAGAUGCCUGAAACAGCGAAGACCAAGUACGUCAUUAAGAUGUUCAAGGAGAACUGGGUCAGAGACUUUGGGCUACCGAAGUCUAUUGUGAGUGACCGGGAUGUCAGAUUCACGAGUGAGUUGUGGAAAGCUGCAGCUGCAGAACAAGGAACACAACUGCAAAUGACAUCCGGGAAGCACCCAGAGGCAAACGGGCAGGCAGAACAGCUGAACCACGCUGUACAGCACCUGUUAAGGCACUACAUCAAGCCCAACUAGGUGGACUGGGAUGAGAAGCUUGCUCUCAUCGCCAACCUGUACAACAACGCUGUGCACAGCGCAGCAGGCGUAAGUCCAAACAGUUUGCUACUGACGUUCAAGCCUCGAUUGCCUCUAGACUUUCUUCUACCUGAGAAUCAACCGACAACUGCACCUGGUACAUUGGAAUUUGCAUAUCGAUAUGAACAGUUGAUGCAGCACGCUGUAGAACAAAUGCACAAGGCGCAG